AUGUAUAUCGUUCUAGGAGCUGGCGUGGUCGGAUUGACUACUGCACUUGAACUGAAGAGACAGUACCCUUCAAGCAAUGUCUUGGUUCUAGCCAGAGACCUCCCCGGGGACUCUGCUCCCACAUACGCAUCAGCUUGGGCUGGCGGAAACUGGAUCUCUAGUGCAACGGACAAUGGCCCUCAAGAAGAAUGGGACCGUGUUACAUACCUCAAGUUUCAAGAACUGGCCAAGGCUCAUCCUGAAUGCGGUAUAGAGGCAAUGGACUUGCGAUCUGUUUAUGAGGAUGACAUCGAGAAUGUCGACCUUCUGAGUCGAGUAACCAACAAGAUUUGGUAUGAUGAUCUCGUCGGAGGGAUCAAGUACCUACUAAAAGAGGAGCUUCCGCAAGGCACUAAGUUUGGGUUUGAAGUCUCGACCUUUGUUAUCAAUGUGCAGAAAUACUUGCCGUGGCUCCAAGCUGAGGCGACAAGACUUGGCAUUGAGAUACGACGUGCAAUCAUAGACAACCUAUCGGACAUUCCAGAUCGAUUCCCAACCGCUAAAGCCGUUUUUAAUUGCACGGGACUUGAAUCUCUGACGUUGAAGGGCGUCGAAGACCGUGACUUAUACCCAGCAAAGGGCCAGGUCUAUCUAGUUGAAGCGCCACCGUCAGGUAUCUCAAAGAUGUACUUCCGCUCAAGCCAGCGCCUGGGCAGCCACAGUACACAUGUCUUCCCCCGCUGCAGAGAUGGAGGCGUGGUUCUUGGAGGAUGUAGGCUCAAUGGUGAUGCGAAUGAGCAAUUCGAUUCAGUCAUUGGCCAAGGCAUUAAAGAGAGGUGCUGUGCCCUCGUCCCAGAGCUUGGAAAGCCCGAGGACCUGCGCAUCAUCAAGCAAGGUGUGGGUUUCAGACGUAAGUGUUUCUCGUUCUUGAACUGGAUAUUUUGA